AAGCCAUUGCCAUCGAACGAGCAGAACAGAGCACAUUCCAUUCCACCACGAGGAGGUGCAGCGCAUUGGACGGACACCGAAGGGAACCGCACGGUGCAUCGAAUCACAUCGCACACUGCGUUGUAGUUGUUGGUCUAGUACCGUAGUGCAGUGGCCGAGGAGAGAACACAACAUCACACCCGGUGCGCCAGGGCAGCGAGCUAAGAAACACGCGACAAAGAGAAUGGCCGACCCCAACCGCCACGGCGCGGGAGACGACAACAAGCGGGUGGCAUCCGUGGGAUACAGCGCGGACGAGAGAAAGCACAGGGCCCUCGCCGGGCAGUGGCAAACCCCGCCCACCCCCGCCUAUGCCACCGGGCCGCCGCAACAGCAGCCACCGCAGCAGCCACCGCAACCGCAACAGGCGGCGCAGAUCGCGAGGAGCCCCAGCCACGACGGCCCCCUGCCGGUGUCCACCCCGGAGGAGUACGCGCAGGCCCUGCAGGAAGCCUACGAGGCGGGCGCCCGGAUGGCCCAGAAGCAGCAACAGCAACACCAGCAGCAGCAGCAGCAGCAGCAACAACACAUGCCCACCGCCGCCUCGUGCCCCGAUUUUUCGUCGACGGGCUCGAAGCAGCAGCAACAGCACCCGGCAGCGGGGAGCGGUUCCGUUUCCGAGCGGGCCACCGCGCCGCCGGUCCCGGCCUUUCGGAUGGACCACCAGAUCCAUCCCCCCGCCCAGCUCCCGAGGAACCCGUCCGGAAGCAUCCCGGACCCCCUCAGCUCCUCGAUGCCCCCGCCCCCCCCUCCGCAGGCAACGGCGUCGUACGCGCCAAUGGCGCCCGGGGGGGAGCCGCAGCAACCGCUCCAGCCACAGCCACAGCAGCACCAGGCCUACCUGCAGCCCCACCAGGGCGGCCCGCAGGACCCGUACGCCGUCGGAGGCCAGCCACAGCACGCCCUUGCGCAUGCGCACACGCGUGCCCAUCCGCAUGCCCAUCCAAACCAGGGGGUUCCCCCCCACCCGCUGCCGGCGACGUCUUCCGGCGUCUGCUAUCCGCCGCCGGCCAAGCCCAAGGCACCGGAGGCCCGCCCGCAGCAACAGCCACAACAGCAGCAGCAGCAACAGCAACCCGGCCGUUCCAUGAGCAUGCCGGACAUGUCGACCUACGCCGCCGAGGCGGAAGAGGAAAAGCGGCUGAAGCGCCUCGCACGCAACCGGGCGUCGGCGCGCCUCCGCCGCCUCCGGAAAAAGAACCUGGUGAGUUUUUCCACAAACAGUCGGGAGAGGCCAUCACAUCCGUCCCUCGAACUCCAAACGCGAACGGGUUCACUUUUUUGCGACGGAGGCGUCUCACGGUUUUGUUUCGUUGUUUGUUUUGGUUUGGUUUGGUUUGGCUGUUUCGGGAAACCCUUUCGAACCCUUCCUCCGCCCGAUUCGAUUCAACUCGAUUCGAUUCGAUUCGAUUCGAUUCGAUUCGAACCUUCUUUUAGGUGGACGCCUACGAAACCGAGGUGGGCAUCCUCGAGAAAACGCUGGGGGAGCUCCAGGCCCACGAGUGGGGGAGGGACACGGACGACCACAAGCCCCUGCUGGACGCCCUCGGGAUGGAACGCGGCCAGCAGCCCAUCAGCCCGGAGGAACGCACCGAGAUCAUAAGGGACAUUCUCGAGCAGCAGAUGCAGCAGGUCGCCCUCCUGCGAGAGGCGCAGCGGGAACAGGAAAUCCUGGCGCUGCUGGCGGUUGGGAAAGGGGGGGACGGGACCGAGGAAGACGAGAUGGUCCGGGAGCUCCGGGAGAUCCUGCAGCUCUCGGACGACCAGGAGAAACGCCUGGAGGAAUCGACCAAGGGCCUGGACAAGGAGGCCGAGGCCCUCGAGACGGUCGCCGCCUCCCUGCGGGUGAUCCAGAAGAACGACUGGCUGCUGAACGAGGGGGUCCAGAAGAUCACGGACCAGUUUACCUCGAUCCUCCACAAGAACCAGCAGUCCAAGCUGCUCCUGUGGACCGACGCCAACGCGGAGGCCGUCGACCAGCUCGACCACGUCGAGGUACAGCCCCUGCAGAGCGCACCGGUCUUCUCCUUCGGGGUGGAGUCCACCGCGCCCGGCGAGGACGAGUAGGGGAACGGCGAGUUUCCACCGGAGAAACACCCGUCAGUGCGGGCUGGAUUCCGUGCCGGGCACCCGCCUGCCCGCAUCCGCUUGCGGCCGGUGCCGCGGGAAAGGGGAGACCGGCCGGAUCACUACUAGAACACCACCAUAGAGCCAAAACGAUACAAACGCAUACACACUACUAUAUCCAAACCAUACACACGCACACACACAGUUCAUAAAAUUGCGCGAGACCGGGCGCUUGCGCAAGGAUUCAAUCGAAACUACAACAACGCGUCGAAUUCUAGGCGAAUUUCUAGCGCCGGCAACCCUCUGUCAUCGUAGCAAUCCUUUUGCACCACAAAACCAGUCGGACAGUUUCCCUUCGAACACCGUUCCUUGGGUGGUCAAAUGCGUGCUGAGCAGUCCCUGUACCAGGUACCAGGAUCCGACGAUACUCUCCAAUGGCAUGCCGUGCACUGGGGAAUGUAUUGCUAAGUGAUUGGUCCGCAUUCGUUUAAUUGUUGUG